AUGUUCACCAGACGCUUCGAACCCCCGCAGCCCGUGAACAAGAGCUUCUCUAAAAGCCACAAAGCAUCUAAAUCUAGCUCCUCAUUCACCAAGUCCAGCGGCGUUUCAAAACAUCGCCAUGAGUCCCGCCACAGCCGCCGACCGACGACCGCCACCACAUCGAGCACUGCGACCGAGGACACCGCGAUGGGCAACAACCUCACCUCCGCCAUCGUAACCCUCGUCAUCGGCACCGAACAGCGCCUCUUCGCCGCUCACGAGGACAUUCUCUGUGCCUCGCCCUUCUUCCAGAACCUCCUCUGCAGCCCCUACUGCGCCGACGCCGGUACUGGGGCUAAGCGCGUCGCCCUCCCCGAUGAGGAGCCCGAGAUCUUCUCCUCCGUUCUCGAGUACCUCUAUAAGGGCGACUACUACCCGCGCCUCGUGCACAACAAGCGCCGCAACUCGUGGGAGAUCGAGGCUCUCAACGCAGAUGACGGCCGCAACGGCGUUGAGUCGACCGUCUACCACCACGGCGUCGACGGUGACCUGCUCAAGGACACGGUCAUCUACUGCGCCGCGCAGAAGUACGGGCUCGAGGAGUUGAAGCGGGUUUCUCUGCGGAAGCAGGGCCUACAAUCCGGGAUCCAGUGCAGCACGAUCCUGGCGUCGGCUCGGUACGCGUACGCCAACACCCCCGACAGCGACUCCAAGUUGCGGGCUCACUAUCUCGCCCUCAUCAUCCGUAGCCGGAGCACCUUCAAGCGCAGCGGAACCAUGCAGCUGGAGAUGUACAACGGCGGCACCCAGCUCUUUUUCGACCUGUUCGUCGCGCUCUGCAACCAUGUCGACGAUAUCUCGACCGUAAACACUCCUCGCACUCCUCGCAGUGGUCGUCCAUUCUAG